AUGGAUGGCGGCAGUAGCAUCAACAUCUUGUAUUACGAUACUUUCAAGCGGAUGAAUCCGUCCGAGAAGCAGUUCCAGCCUUCCUCAACAGUGUUCCACGGGAUCGUUCCUGGAAAGUCUGCUUAUCCUAUUGGCAAGAUUAAGCUUGAAGUUGCGUUCGACACUGAAUUCAAUUACAGAUCAGAAUUUUUGAUGUUUGAGGUGGUCAAGAUCAAAAGCACGUAUCAUGCCCUUUCCGGACUGCCAGCUUAUUCUCGUUUCCUGGUGUGGCCCUGCUAUGUCUACUUGAAACUCAAGAUGCCUGGUCCAGAGGGUACCAUUAGAGUUGAUGAUGACAGGAAAAUUGCUUUGGAGUGUGAGGAAGGAGAUGCAGCCUACGCCGAGUCGGCCCAUGCAACUGAGGAGUUGAAAUUCUAUAUAGCCAAUGUUGGCCGAUAUGACUUCUCCAAAGAAGCCCACUAUUGA